CUUGCUGUAACUAUAGUAACUCGUGUGACUUUAUCAGCUGAUAAGAAGACAAUAGGAUAGUAGGAGCUCCGGAGGCGGAGAUUUUGAGUGGUUUCUAAGAAUAGUGUUCAGAUUGUUCUCUCAGAUCCCUAGAAUCACUGGGAAAUUGUCAAUUAUUCUCACUAAAACAAAUCCUCCUGUUCAGCUGCAAUUACUGUAAAUUAAUUGAAGCGAACGAAAAAUUUUCAUUAUUUGAGUAGAAUAAUUGAAUCAAGUGAGAAAGUGCGAUACGUCUGACAUUGACAUUUCGGAUUUCGAGGGCUUUUUGAUUAGUUCGAUGGAAAAUACAAUGCGAAAUUGAGAGCAACGAAUUGAUAGAAUAAUAGCAUCAUUACGCAGCAGUUUAACGAGAGCUCGUGUUGAGUGACUGGUGUUCUCGGAUAAGUUUUUGUUCCCUAUCGAAAAAUGUCGCAGGAACUCACUUUGGGGAUCGACCUGGGGACAACGUCUGUAAAAGUUGUCGUUUACUCCAGGGCAAAAGGAGAAAUAGUGGCAAAACAGUCGAAAGAUACGCAGGCCAAUGUCCCCAGCGAUUUGGGAAUCGAUGGAAAUAAACAGGAUGUACCGAAAAUUCUCUCCGCUGUCCACAGCUGCAUCUCCAGACUCCCCAAGGACCUUUUGCGACAGGUGACAACAAUCGGUGUCUGUGGACAAAUGCACGGUGUAGCUCUGUGGAAGGGGCAGAGACCUAGUGCUGACGAGAAGGCCUUCAAGUUGGAGAUCCCGAAAACGGAGGUGUCGCAUUUAUACACCUGGCAGGACAGCCGGUGCGAUGCUGAAUUCCUGAAUUCUUUACCGCCAUCGAGAAGUCAUCUGCCUGUUCACUCGGGCUACGGAUGUGCCACCAUUUUCUGGUUUGCCAGGAACAAACCCGAGAAGCUGUCCAAAUACAAUCGAUGCGGAACGGUUCAGGACCUGAUGGUGAACCUUCUGUGUGGUUCAGAGGACGUGGCAAUGAGUUCUCAGAACGCAGCGAGUUUCGGUUACUUCCUGACAGAGGAAGGAAAAUUCGAGAUGGAGACGAUGUCAACCUCGAAUUUUCCCAUUGAUCUCCUCCCAAAGAGAAUUCUUCGCCCUGGAGAGAUAGCAGGUCACCUGAUGCAUACCUGGUUUGGAAUUCCUGAGGGGGUGCCCGUAGGGGUGGCCCUGGGGGAUCUCCAGUGCUCGGUUUUUGCCCUGUUGAAGGGCCCAGACGAGGCUGUCAUGAAUAUCUCGACAUCCGCACAACUGACGUACGUCCAACCGACGUUCAAACCUGGGGACGCCGAGGACUCAGCCACCGUCGAAUAUUUUCCGUACUUCAAGGAUGAGUACUUGGCUGUUUCUGCGUCAUUAAACGGGGGAAAUUCUCUCGCCAGUUUCGUCAAGAUGAUCCAGCAGUGGACGAUGGAGCUCGGAUUUUCUGUUCCUCAGGCUAAAGUCUGGGAGAAACUAAUUUCCCUCGGGCAGGAGGACUCGGCUAUCAGUUCUAUGAGGAUUGAACCUCUUCUUCUGGGGGAACGACACGAUCCCCUUAAAACAGCUAGUGUCACUGACAUCAGUCUCGAUACUCUUCAUCUAGGGACUGUCUUCAGGGCCCUGUGCUCUGGGGUCAUCCAGAAUUUGCAUGGCAUGAUGUCGCAGGAACUCCUGAAGAAAAAGGGGAUAAAGAAAAUCGUGGGAAAUGGCUCGGGUCUCGUGAGGAAUCCAGUCCUUCAAAAAGAGGUCCAGCACUGGUAUAAACUUCCUCUGGAGCUGGGGCACUCCGGAGACGCUGCACUGGGGGCAGCUCUAGCAGGAGUUGCCCAUCAAUGAUUUCGUCCUGAUGAUUAAUCUUCCAGAACCGACCAAUUCGCCAUUUAAUAUUCCCUUACAGACUUUCCAAUUGUUUAGUACUUUAUUAUUAGUCCAUUAAGAACCGGGGAACCAAUAAAUUAUUGUAUUUACAAAUAAAAUUAAA